CAACACCAUAACAAGAGGAGAGAGGACAUCACAAACUCCUUACUAUUGCAUACUCCAUCUAUCAUUGUCCUAAAAGGGAUUACACAUCCACUUCAUUCAAGAGAAACAAUGGCAUCAUCUUCUUCCAAUCUCUCCCAAAUGAACAUUGGAUACUCUCCAAACUGACUCUUGGAGUUAUGGAUCUUGAUUAUGCCCUAAGACAUGAUCCUCCUGCUGCACUCACUGCUGAAAGUACUCAAGAGCAUAAACGAGUGCAUGAACAGUGGGAGAGAUCAAAUCGCAUGUCUCUUAUGAUCAUAAAGAAUUCCAUUUCGGUUGCCAUUCGUGGAGCCAUUCCGGAUUCAGAUAAUGCGAAAAUUUACUUGGACUCCGUAGAGGAGCAAUUCAAGGGCACCUCCAAGGCUCAUGCGAGUACAUUAAUCUUGCAAAUGUUGACAAAGAAAUAUGAUGGUGUGAGUGGUGUGCGUGAGCACAUUAUGAUGAUGAGUGACAUGGCUAACAAACUUAAGAGCAUGGAUAUGGAGAUUAGUGAGGGCUUCUUAGUCCACUUCAUUAUGACCUCCUUGCCCGCACAAUUUGGUCCUUUUAAAAUUAACUAUAACACUCAAAAGGAAAAAUGGAAAAUGAGUGAGUUAAUUGCAAUGUGUGUACAAGAGGAGGAGCGCCUCAAAGUGGAAAGGCCUGAUGUCGCUCAUCUCACAACCACAAACACUAGCAAGAGAAAGGGCAAGUUCAAGACUGGUGAAAGCUCAAAGGUCCACAAAACCGGAACAAGUGCGCUCGCGGGCUCAACCAAUGCCAAGGGUCCUCCUCGUUGUAAAUUUUGCCAUAAGAAAGGGCAUUUUCAACGAGAGUGCUCUAAGUUCAAGGAAUGGUUAGCCAAGAAAGGUACACAUCUAUUUAUGAUUUAUGAGUCAUUUAAUAUAAGUGUUCCAAUAAACACAUGGUGGAUUGAUUCUGGUUCCAUGGUUCAUGUUACAAACUCCUUACAGGGAUUCCAUUCAAUCCGGAGGUUGGAAAGAAACCAAAGGACCAUUAAAAUCGGGAAUGGUGAAGAACUUAAUGUUGAAGCUGUUGGUACCUUACCUUUAGUAUUGGAAGGUGGCUUCUGCAUGUAUUUAUAUGAAACAUUAUAUGUACCGAGCAUUACUCGGAAUUUAGUAUCUGUACCUAAGUUAAACAAUAAUGGCUAUGUAUUAACUUUUAAUAAUGGUAAAGUUACUAUAUGUAAAGAUUCCGAUGUUGUUGGUUAUGGUUGCUUAGAAGACAACCUUUAUAAAUUAUGCUUGGAUGAUACAUUUUGGAAAUCCUUGUUGUCAUAUAAUAUCAAUGAAAAUCCAAUCAAAAGAAAACGAGACUUGGAAGCUUCAUCCAUGUUAUGGCAUCAACGUUUAGGCCACAUUUCACGGAAUCGAAUGCUAAGGCUCGUGAAGGAUGGAAUAUUACCAUCUCUUGAUUUUAGUGAUUUUGAAACAUGUGUAAAAUGCCUUAAAGGGAAAAUGGCAAAGGGAAAUAAAAGAGGAGCCACAAGGAGUUCCGGUUUACUGGAAUUAAUUCAUACUGACAUUUGUGGUCCUUUUCCCGCUGGGAUAACUGGACAUAAGUCAUUUAUCACUUUCAUAGAUGAUUAUUCCCGAUAUAUGUAUUUGUACUUAAUCAAUGAAAAAUCUGAUGCACUUGAAAUGCUCAAAACCUUUAAGGCCGAGGUUGAGAAUCAACUCGAUCGUAAGAUAAAGGUAGUAAGAUCAGAUAGAGGAGGCGAGUAUUAUGGUAGACAUACUGAUAUAGGUAAAGCUCCCGGACCCUUCUAUGAAUUUUGUAAGGAACAUGGGAUCGUGAAUCAAUUUACCAUGUCGGGUACUCCUCAGCAAAACAGUGUCGCUGAGAGAAGAAAUAGGACCCUUAUGGACAUGGUACGAAGUAUGUUAGCCAAUACACGCCUACCUAAGUUUCUAUGGACCGAGGCCUUAAAAACUGCAGUUCAUAUACUCAAUAGGGUUCCUUCUAAAUAUGUUCCUAAAACCCCUUAGGUAUAUGAAAGUAUGGGGCUGCCCGGCUGAAGCCAAGCUUUAUAAUCCCCAACAAAGGAAGCUCGACAUGAAAACCGUCAGUUGCUCCUUUAUAGGAUACCCUGAACGCUCAAAGGGGUAUCGAUUUUAUUGCCCGUCUCACACUACUCGCAUUGUUGAGACUCGACAUGCUGAGUUCCUAGAGAACUCAAACAUUAGUGGGAGCAAGUGUAUUGAUGAUGUUGAAUUACAAGAAGAAGUGCAAGAGGAGGGGGGAAUGUUCUCUAUACCUUUUCAACCUCUUGUACCUCUUGUAGACAAUAGUACCCUGCCAAGUUCAUCUGUCGAAGGUAAUGCUGCUCCCUAUGUGCCACAAAAUGAAGAAACAUCAGCUUUUGAGGAAAAUAAUGAAAUAUCUCAAGCUGGGCAAAUCCCCGAAGUUAUCACUAAGCUUCAAGAGCCUGAACCACCAUUGAGAAGAUCACAAAGAUCUAGACAGCCUACUAAUUUUGAUGAUUAUGUUAUCUAUCUUAAUGAGGCCGAUCUAGGAAAAUGUGAUGAUCCGACCUCUUAUAAUGAGGCCCUUUGUAGUGACCAAUCUACUCAAUGGAAUGAAGCAAUGAUUGACGAGCUUGAUUCCAUGAGUAAAAAUGACGUAUGGGAACUUGUUGAAUUGCCUAAUGGUGUAAAACCAGUAGGAUGCAAGUGGGUCUUCAAAAAAAAAAUUAGAUGCAAAUGGAAACGUCGAGCGCUUCAAAGCGCGAUUGGUCGCCAAAGGCUACACCCAAAAGGAGGGAGUUGAUUACAAGGAGACUUUCUCUCCUGUUUCAAGAAAAGAUUCCCUAAGGAUUGUUAUGGCCUUAGUAGCUCAUUUCGACUUAGAGCUACAUCAAAUGGAUGUUAAGACUGCUUUUCUUAAUGGUGAUUUACAUGAAGAUGUAUAUAUGACUCAACCGGAAGGUUUUACGACUAAGGGUCAAGAACAUCUGGUGUGCAAACUUAAGAAAUCAAUAUAUGGGCUAAAACAAGCAUCACGCCAGUGGUAUCUAAAAUUUGAUGAAGUCAUGAAAAAGAACGACUUCUAUAAAAAUCAAGUGGAUCAGUGUAUCUACCUCAAAAUGAGUGGGAGCAAUUUUGCGAUACUCGUUCUUUACGUUGAUGAUAUCCUCUUGGCAAGUAACAGUGUCGAUUUGUUGCAUGAGUCAAAACGAUUACUUUCACGACACUUUGACAUGAAAGAUCUCGGAGAGGCCUCUUAUGUUAUAGGCAUCGAAAUUCACCGAGAUCGGACCAAUAGGACAUUAGGACUGUCUCAAAAGGCAUACGUGGAACGUAUACUCGGACGAUUUAAUAUGCAACAUUGUUCUCUCUCAGUUGCUCCCGUUGUUAAAGGAGAUGUUUUUGGCUCAUUUCAAUGUCCAAAAAUGGAAUUAGAAAAGGAUCAAAUGAGGUUGAUUCCUUACGCAUCCAUAGUUGGAAGUUUGAUGUAUGCUCAAGUUUGUACUCGUCCCGAUAUCGCUUACAUAUCCGGUAUGUUAGGCCGAUAUCAGCAUAAUUCUGGCCUUGAUCAUUGGAAGGCUGCUAAGAAGGUCUUACGAUAUCUUCAGGGGACUAAGGAUUACACACUGACUUAUAAAGGAACAAACGAUUUAGAAGUAACGGGAUAUUCCGACUCCGAUUUCGCUAAAUGCAAAGACGAUAGAAAAUCGACGUCGGGAUACAUUUUUAUGAUGGCAGGCGGGCCCAUUUCAUGGAGGAGUCAGAAACAACAAUUGACCACUACCUCUACUAUGAUGGCUGAAUAUGUUGCUGUUUAUAACGCAACAUGUCACGGAAUGUUGUUGAGGAAUUUGAUCAAGGGACUCAAAAUAGUUAACUCCAUUUCAAGACCGUUGAAGAUUUAUUGUGAUAAUUCUGCCGCCGUGAGUUUUUCAAAUGGAAAUAGUUCGAGCGGGGCCGGAUUAUAUCUCGAUACAAAGUUCUUGUUUGUACGUGAACGAGUUGAAGAAAAUAAUCUUUCUAUCGAGUACAUUAGCACUCAUGAUAUGCUUGCGGAUCCGAUGACAAUAGGUCUACCACCCAAGAUUUUUCAAGAACAUGUGAUGAAAAUGGGUUUUAGUCGAGACCUCACUUAAUUGGCAUAGUGCUCUUAUGAACAAUUCAUGUAUAUAAAUAAAUACUUGAAUUCUUAAUUGUCUAUUAUAUGUACACCGUGCGCACUAACUUUGGUAUCAUGGACAAAUUAAUAUUGAUUACCACAUUACAUUUGAUCAUUUAUGUUUAAUGACCUUAAUGUCCUAAUACAUGUGCUAUAGUAUGAUUAGUGGGGGUCCCGUAUCUAAAUAGAUGCGAGUGGCUGUACUUCUCUAUUAUAGUAUAGAUAUUGGGUAUUUAGAACACAUGCUUGGCCAACUAAUUAGCAAUUAUUGGUCACUAGGCCAAGUGGGAGAAUGUUGGAUUAUUUCCAAUUAAUAUGGCCUAAGGACCAAUAUUAAUAUGUGUUCUAUAUUUAUGUAUUAUAUAUAUAUAAUUAUGUGUUAUAUAUAUGUGUAUUAUUUGAUGGAAAUAAUACAUAAGGGGUACCAUUGUGGUAACACCCUUUAGGACAAUAAAUGAAAGGUUGUGACUAUUGGUUAUUUCCAAUAUAAAUAACUACUCUCCCUUCUCCAAUGUGAUCAUACGGACAAACACAACACCAUAACAAGAGGAGAGAGGACAUCACAAACUCCUUACUAUUGCAUACUCCAUCUAUCAUUGUCCUAAAAGGGAUUACACAUCCACUUCAUUCAAGAGAAACAAUGGCAUCAUCUUCUUCCAAUCUCUCCCAAAUGAACAUUGGAUACUCUCCAAUUUUUCCAUCAUAAAGUUCCUUCUUGGUGGGUGGUAAAUCAAAGGGAGUGGAAGAUUUUAAGAUGAUGUCAUCUAUGACUAUAUCCGACGGCAAGAACUUCUUCCAUACGGUGUCGGACUCAGUUGCCGAUUUGAAGCGUUUGGAGAUGACGGAAAGCGCCGAUGCAUCGGCCGGCGAAGUGAAGGAAACGAUUUCAAAGAUGCAUCCCUCCGGCAGUUUCGCGAACAGGUCCAUAUUGGCCAGAAAGCUAAGCACGAGUACUAUACUUUAUGGGAGCAUGCAAUAUACGUGUAGAAGAAAAUCGGUGUACACAUUCUUGCUUCAUAUACAAGUCUAAAAAUGCCUCUCGAUCAAGAAUAAGUUGAAUAUCAAAAGAAUUGUUAAUAGAAGUACAUUUUUGUCUUUUCAUACAGGAUUGGGGUGCAAAAACAAGGGUUUUUGAAAACGGGGUGCAAAGUCCAAUUUUUAUUUUACAAUAAUAUGGGGUGGAAACUCAAAUUAACACUUGCCAAUUAUAUAAAGUAUAAACCUUUGGCAGCUCAACGGGUUGAGUUUCAUUAUUAUUUAUUAGUGAAUAUAUGUGUAUAUCUGAUUAAUAAUACUCACUCCUUCCUUAAUAACUUUGCCAAAUUUGACCGGCACGAGGAUUAAUAAAGUAAAAACUGUGUGGUUGAGAUUUGCG